AGAAGGGAGCAUAAAUAGGAGGAGGGGAGGGGAGAGAUGUGUUGAAGGGAGAGGGAAGGAUGUCAGGCUUUUGUGGGAGUGACGGCGGCGGGACCAAGUGCGGGCGUUGGAAUCCCACAGCGGACCAGCUCAGGUUUCUGACUCACCUCUUCGCCUCUGGUCUCCGAACUCCCACCACCGACCAGAUCCAGAACAUCUCCUCUCUCCUCAGCUUUUACGGCCACAUCGAGAGCAAGAAUGUCUUCUAUUGGUUCCAGAACCAUAAAGCCCGCGAACGCCUCCGACGUCGCAAUUCAUCGUCUUCACCAAAGAGUAGUGGGAAUCCAGCGGCGCCGGAGACGCUUCAACUCUUCCCCUUGGACUCGUUGGGAGAAUCACAGAUGGGGAAGCUGAGGGUGCAUGCUAAUUGCAGGGACCAUACCGGCGAAUCAACGGAGCAACCUCCCUUGGACCUCCGCUUGAGCUUUCUCUAACACGUGCUUUCCGUAUUCCAAAUAAUGCUUGAUUUUAUGUGCGUUGGAUAUGUUAUGAAUGAAGUUAGAGAUGUCGCCUGGGAACGUGCAUGUACAUUGUAUGGUAACAUAUUAAUGCUUGCCGUGCUUGGCAUCGCAAAUGUCUCCUGCCUCGGGUCUGCUUCCUCCUGUUCUUUGAAUUUGACGAGACGACCCAUACUUUGCGCGCACCACAAUAGUUUGAACACCAAGCUGGGAAUGUCGUUCCUUGUUCUCUUUGCAAAUUAAAUCUCUCUCUGUAUAAUCCCAAUUAUUGUUCUUGUCGGAAUGAAAAGCAACGCCGGUGCUCUAACGCUAGUUUUCGUGGCCGCCGUAAGCUCAACUUUCUCGCUGGAAAAUUUCCUUUAAU